CAAAAAAAAAAAAAAAAUGAUGAUGAAACAUGAAAGAAAGAAGGGAAAGACUUCUCCACUGUAAAAAAAAUAGGCACAAGUCAAGUGAGUCUCCUCUCUCCUCUCCUCUCAUCCUUCAUUUCCCAUAGAUCCCAAAUCACAAAUCCCCCAAAAACAUUAAAAACAUUACCAAAACAAAAACACAAACACAAACACACACACACACAUACAAAAAAAAACACAGUUUGAUUUGAUCAUCUGGUUCAAUCAAAAAUGGCUUUCAGCACCAGGAGAGGAGGAGGGAGCUGGGCCCACUCACUCCUCCCAUUCUCAUCAAACAACCCCAAACCCAAGCUCACCCGCAAAUCCCGCAGGCGAUUAUCCCUCAAAGACUUCAUCUUCGCAAACUUCUUCACCAUCGGCCUCAUCGUCUCCCUCAUCUUCUUCCUCCUCGUGAUCCUCCGGUACGGCGUUCCGAGACCCAUCUCUUCCCACUUCAACAAAUCCUCCAGGCCCGGUUUCGGCGCAUCGCGCUUCUCUUUCAAGCCCACGCGAAAGCCGGCUGCUCGGAAAGUGCCGAACGAGAACGACGCUGUGUUGAAGUCUGCGGUGGAUAUAACGACGAAGCAGUUGUAUGAUAAGAUAGAGUUUUUGGAUGUGGAUGGUGGGGCGUGGAAGCAAGGGUGGAAGGUGAGUUAUGAAGGGAACGAGUGGGAUUCGGAGAAGUUGAAGGUGUUCGUGGCACCGCAUUCGCAUAAUGAUCCAGGGUGGAAGCUCACGGUGGAGGAGUAUUAUGCGAAGCAAUCUAGGAAUAUACUUGAUACCAUUGUUAAUACACUUUCUAAGGAUCCUCGGCGCAAAUUUAUAUGGGAAGAGAUGUCUUAUUUGGAGAGAUGGUGGAAGGAUUCCUCUGAGAGCAAAAGAGACUCAUUUAUCAAUUUAGUAAAGAAUGGGCAACUCGAAAUUGUUGGAGGUGGCUGGGUAAUGAAUGAUGAGGCCAAUUCACAUUAUUUUGCCAUUAUCGAGCAGAUCACAGAGGGGAAUAGGUGGUUGAAUGAGACAAUAGGAGUAAUUCCUAAAAAUUCUUGGGCAAUAGAUCCAUUUGGUUACUCACCUACCAUGGCAUAUCUUCUCCGUCGUAUGGGUUUUGAGAACAUGCUUAUCCAGAGGACCCAUUAUGAGCUGAAGAAGGAACUCUCGCUUCAAAAGAAUCUGGAAUACAUAUGGCGCCAGAGCUGGGAUGCUGAAGAAUCUACUGAUAUUUUUGUCCAUAUGAUGCCUUUCUAUUCAUAUGAUAUUCCACAUACUUGUGGGCCGGAGCCUGCUAUUUGUUGCCAGUUUGACUUUGCUAGAUCACAUAACUUUGGGUAUGAACUUUGCCCCUGGGGACAGCAUCCAGUAGAGACCGAUCAGGAUAAUGUUCGGGAGAGGGCACUAUUAUUACUAGAUCAAUACAGGAAGAAAUCAACUCUAUACCGGACAAAUACACUUCUUGUUCCUCUUGGAGACGAUUUCCGUUAUGUCAGCACUGAUGAAGCAGAAGCUCAGUUUAGGAAUUACCAAUUGUUAUUUGAUUAUAUCAAUUCUAAUCCAAGUUUAAAUGCGGAGGCAAAGUUUGGUACUCUAGAAGACUACUUUCAAACCCUGCGUGAGGAGGCUGAUAGGGUAAAUUAUUCACGUCCUGGUGAGGUUGGGUCUGGUCAGCUUGAAGGUUUUCCUUCUUUAUCAGGUGACUUCUUUACUUAUUCUGAUAGGCAACAGGACUAUUGGAGUGGCUAUUACGUUUCAAGGCCUUUCUUCAAGGCUGUUGAUCGGGUACUAGAGCAAACACUGCGUGCCACAGAAAUGAUGAUGGCUUUAUUGCUUGGGUAUUGCCAUAGAUCGCAAUGUGAAAGGCUGCCCAUGGGGUUUUCCCACAAGUUGACAGCUGCAAGAAGAAACUUAGCUCUGUUCCAGCAUCAUGAUGGUGUCACUGGUACUGCUAAGGAUCAUGUGGUUCAGGACUAUGGGAAUCGGAUGCAUGCUUCUUUGCAGGAUUUGCAGAUUUUUAUGUCGAAAGCCAUAGAAGGUCUGCUUGGUAUCCGUCAUGACAAAUUGGAUCAAAACCCUUCUCAGUUUGAGUCAGAACAGGUGAGAUCCAAAUAUGAUGUUCAGCCAGUGCAUAAGGCAAUCAGUGCCCGUGAAGGAACUCAUCAUUCAGUGGUCUUUUUUAAUCCUUCGGAGCAAACAAGAGAAGAGAUUGUGAUGGUUAUAGUGAACAGGCCGGAUGUUGCUGUUUUGGACUCAAACUGGACAUGCAUUCAAAGCCAAAUUUCUCCUGAAUUGCAGAAUGACAAAAAUAAGAUUUUUACUGGGAGGCAUCGUGUCCACUGGAAAGUUUCUGUUCCUGCCCUGGGGUUGCAAACAUAUUACAUUGCUAAUGGCUUUGAUGGGUGUGAGAAGGCUAAACCAGCAAGACUAAAACUUUACUCUGAGUCUAAUUCAUUAACUUGUCCCAUUCCAUAUGCUUGCUCAAAAGCAGAAGGGGAUGUGGCUGAAAUCCAGAACAAGCAUCAGACACUUUCCUUUGAUGUCAAUCAUGGCUUGUUACAGAAAAUAAGCUUUAAAGAUGGCUCCCAAAAUUUUGUGGGUGAAGAAAUUGGUAUGUACUCUAGUACCGGUGGGGCUUACCUAUUUAAACCUGAUGGUGACUCACAGCCUAUUAUUGAAGCUGGUGGGCAGAUGGUGAUCACUGAAGGCCAUCUGAUGCAGGAAGUGUACUCUUAUCCAAAGACAGCAUGGGAGAAAUCCCCCAUCUCCCAUAGCACCCGUAUAUAUAAUGGAGAUAACACUAUACAGGAGUUUCUCAUUGAGAAGGAAUAUCAUGUUGAGCUUCUUGGUAAUGAUUUUAAUGACAGGGAGUUAAUAGUUAGAUACAAGACAGAUAUUGAUAACAAAAGGAUCUUUUACUCUGAUCUAAAUGGCUUUCAGAUGAGCCGGAGAGAAACCUACGACAAGAUCCCACUGCAGGGAAAUUACUACCCUAUGCCUUCUCUUGCAUUCAUGCAAGCAUCCAAUGGUCAGCGGUUUUCUGUGCAUACUCGACAGUCGUUGGGUGUGGCAAGCCUUAAAGAGGGAUGGUUAGAGAUUAUGCUUGACCGCCGAUUGGUAAGAGAUGAUGGACGUGGUCUUGGGCAAGGAGUGAUGGAUAAUCGUCCUAUGAAUGUAGUCUUCCACAUCCUUGUGGAAUCCAACAUUUCCACCACUCUAAGCUCGGUUUCCAAUCCUUUUCCCUUGAGCCCCUCUCUUCUUUCUCAUCGUGUUGGUGCUCAUUUGAACUAUCCAUUACAUGCAUUCGUUGCGAAGAAGGCACAGGACUUAUCAAUGCAGCCACUCCCAAGAUCGUUCUCUCCUUUAGCUGCUCCCUUACCAUGUGACUUGCAUAUUGUGGGCCUUAAGGUUCCUCGGCCUUCAAAAUAUUCUCAGACCCCGCCUGAAGAUCCUAGGUUUGUUCUAAUCUUACAAAGGUAUCAUUGGGAUUCUUCAUUCUGUCGGAAGGGCAGAUCACAAUGCGUCAGUUUUGCUGAUGAGCCAGUGAAUCUGUUCUACAUGUUCAAGGGGCUUGCAGUACGGAAUGCAAGAGCAACUUCUUUGAAUCUUUUGCAUGAAGACACAGAGAUGCUCGGAUACACUGAGCAGCUUGCAGAUGUUGCUCAAGAAGGACAUGUGCUCAUCUCUCCCAUGGAAAUACAGGCUUACAAAAUGGAAUUACGGCCGCACCAAUGAAUAAGUUGACUUUGCUGAUGCUAAUUGUUCUGGCUUAGUGAAGACUGAUUCUUCAUAGCACACUGCCAAUCUCUUGGGAUGAAUCAUCAAUGAUCUGCUUUCUCACUGAAACAUCUGAUCAAUCCAAAGCUAUGGAUGGGCAGAGACAAUUUUUAGAAGUCACGGGACAUUGUGAAUAACUGGGUUGUUAACCUUGCUGAGGAAGUUCACUAAAGCAUAUCGGCAUGAUAUAUUUUUGGUGUACAAUUAACUGGAUUGUUUGCAAAAUACUUGAUAGAAAAUUCUUACUUUUGACUUGCUUGUAAGUACUACGUUUGGCACGUAGCAUUUAUAUUUAGCUCUGUAAACUUCAAAUAUGUUUGAAAUUUUUCUUAGUGGUUAAUUUUUGAAA